AGGCCAUUUUGCUGUAAAUCCUGGGAAAUCUUGCAAGCAUAUUCUUGAGUCAAAUGACUCUGAAGGAGAUGGGGAAUACUGGAUCGAUCCUGAGGGCAAAGGAAACUCUUUGAAGGUCUACUGUGAUAUGAAAACUGACGGAGGAGGCUGGCUUCUUACAUCCAUCUUUAUGGUAGAUAACCCGACCACUCCUCCCGCUUGGACCGCUGAGCCAUCGUACCGCGGGAUCAUCAAAUUCACCAAUCACAAAAUGGGUAUCACAAUUAGCGCCAUGAAAGAACUCAGAGGACACUUGCCAUUCACUCAGAUGAGAUUCCACUGCAGCAAACAACAGGGACGUACGUUCCACGUGACCACGGCCGUUAACAGCUCUGGUGAAGCUGUAGUCGAGUAUUUUAGCAAUCAGACGAACACCAUGCCAGACUCGUGUCUCUCUUUUGUUAGAAUGAAAGAUGACAACUCUUAUCUCUCCGGGAAUUGUUCCAGAUGGGGAUACGACGGAUCUUCGAACUUCGUAGGGAAGUGGGGGCAUAAAAAUAGACAAGGCGAAACACGUUUGUACGAUCUCACUGCAUUGGUUGGUAAGCACUAUCGCUGGAGGACAACCGGGAAAUAUCGCCUGUGCGACGACAAUAAGAACGAUACCUUUAUAAAUUUGUCAAAGGGAGACUUUUGGAAGAUUUUUGUUCGUUAAACAGUUACCGAGUCGCAGAACUGACAGGAUAAACACAUACUUAACUAACGACUUAUAAUUAGUGGCCUUAAAAAAGUGAAAUGUUUUCACGACGGUUUUGCCCAAACGAAACGUUUGAAUAUUAUAGG